UAAAAAUGAAGACUAUAGAAGACAUGGAUGGGAACGAAACUCUUUCAGAUUGUACGACUUCUCUUGUUGAAGGUUGUCGACUCCCAGUCAAAAUGAGAUAUGGUGAUGAAUGGCCUCUUGCGGAAAUUGUCAGCGUCAAAGAAGUCAAUGGAUGUGUUUAUUAUUAUAUACACUUUGUUGACUAUAAUAAAAGAUUAGAUGAAUGGGUCACAGAAAGCAGGCUUGACACUCGGAAAGUUCAGUACCCUCGACGAGAUGGAGGAGUUGGAGGGACAUCGACUCCAAGCAAGAAAGCUAAUGUUCCCACGUCCAGACCCUCUUCUCCUCAAGAACUUGUCAACGGCAACGCAGUUCUGGCAGCAGCUGUUCAGAAGAAGAUAUCCAGGAAACGAAAAGCCCCUACUCCGUCCAUCGAGCCCGAGCAACCCCCACCGGCUGCUCCUGCUCCUCCUCCUGCUCCAUGCGCGAAGGAAGAAGCCAACAAUGCCCUGCCCGGAGUCCCUCGCCUCACUGGGUCAAUGAUAGCUCACAACGACGACGUCGUCACGAGGAUGAAAAAUGUUGAAAUGAUUGAGCUCGGUCUUCAUAGGAUUCGACCAUGGUACUUCUCGCCCUACCCACAGGAAUUAAUUGACCUAUCCUGCAUCUAUAUAUGUGAAUUCUGCCUAAAGUAUCGGAAGAGUAGAAAAUGCCUCGAGCGCCAUCUGGCCAAAUGUAAUGUGAAACAUCCUCCAGGAAAUGAAAUUUAUAGGAAAGCUUCAAUAUCAUUUUUCGAGAUUGACGGUCGUAAAAACAAAGCUUAUGCCCAAAACCUUUGUUUACUCGCUAAAUUGUUCCUCGACCACAAGACCCUCUAUUACGAUACGGACCCUUUCCUCUUCUACGUGAUGACUGAUCUUGACGAAAGAGGAUUCCACAUCGUCGGAUAUUUUUCCAAAGAGAAGGAGUCGUCUCAGGACUAUAACGUAGCCUGUAUCCUCACGAUGCCACCGUACCAAAGGAAAGGAUAUGGCAAACUUCUUAUAGAAUUUAGUUAUGAACUAUCAAAAUUUGAAGGGAAAACUGGUUCACCGGAAAAGCCACUUUCAGAUCUUGGUCUGUUGUCGUACAGAAGUUAUUGGGCACAAACGAUACUUGAAAUUCUUGUCUCCUUAAAACCUACUGGCGAUAAUGAAAGACCUCAAAUCACUAUAAUGGAAAUUUGUGAACUUACGAGUAUACAAAAAGAAGAUGUCAUAUCUACGCUACAAAAUUUAAAUCUCAUCAAUUACUACAAAGGACAAUACAUUAUAACGCUUAGUAAAGAUACGAUAGAUCAGCAUCACAAAGCGAUGGAAAAGCGCAAAAUCAGAAUAGACCCAAAGUGUCUCCAUUGGACUCCAAAAGAUUGGUCGAAGAGGGCGAAGUGGUAACAUGAGUGUUGUGUCGCGAGUGUCGGGCAGUUUCAGGAUUGGUUAAUAUUAGGUCACCACAAGAAUGGAUUUAUUAUACGAACGGCAGUGACCGAAAAUGUGAUUUUAAUAUAAGUUUUUUUUUUUUUUUUUUUUUUUAUUUCUUUUUUUUUUUUUUUUAUAAAUUAUGUUAUAUAUUUUUUAUAUGUUGGAUACCUGUAUAGCAAACAGAUUUACAUUUAUUGUAUUUAUUAUUUUUUUUUUAUCUAAUCAUGCAUUUUGAAUUUUGCAUGUUAUUAUUUUUUAAAAAAUCAGAAGAUGCCUGAACAGUGUUGUUCAUCUCUUGUAGUACACGGUGGGCCAGACCCCUCUACCCCCUCUCUCCCCACAUCCCUAUAAAUCGCAUAUCAUUGUGUUCCUUGUAACUAUUUAUUAAAAAAACGCCAAUGUUCCCACAAAAAAAAGUGAACGAACUACCCCAAAAUGGCAUCCAAACAUGGCGGAUUGACGACUUUGACUUUAGUUAGUUUUUUUGUUACUGAGAAUCAGAAUUUGGCUUAAUUUCAUC